CCGAGACCUUAGAUAGCCGGCCGGGGUUGCAUGUGCGUCGCGAAGGUUGCACUCCUGAACAGCAGGGGAGUAGGAGCCUCCUACGCCUGGGAUUGCUGCACCUUGGGCAUUGCUCUGCCAAUCUUCUCCAUCUCACCUCACCUCACCUCCCAGCCAGACUCGGCACCCGCGUAGUGGAGCAAUUCCGGCCCUCCGUCAACCUGACCUGCUCCUGUCCUAGCACCCUGCUACUCGCAUUCGACCAAGGUUGCAGCCCGUCAGAAGCUGGCGUCUAUAACAGCUUUGUGAAAGCUGGAAGGAGACACCUACCUCAAAUGUCGCCCCCUGGCAAGAAACACCAACUGCGCGACCAGGCAACGCGGGCAGGAUGGUGCACCUCCACACGACCGCCGCAAAAUCGUGCGCCGAGUAUCACAAGCGCACUCGCGUGCUCAUUGAGCACGUUUGACUCCAAAACUGGAACCGAGUUGCAAACCCAAACUGCGCAAGCUCACGACGACAAGCCGCUCCAAAACGAUGAAGCGUCACAAGCGCCAGGCGAGCAAAAGCUGACAAACGGAGGCCCACUUCACGGCGUCGAAAGCGGAAGCAAAGCGAAAUCCUCGCAAUCCAGCGUAUUAUUUAGCAAAUCUGCUGCCAAAUCUGCCUCGACCCCCGCCUCCACUUCAAUCUCCCUCUCUGCCAUUCAAGCAAGCAAGUACCUGUUCCCCUUGCCUCCAAGCUUUGUGCGCGGAGUGCUGCGAGUCAAGAUCAAGCACAAGCUCGAAGAAGGGCGCGGAUCCAAUUGGAUCUGGCACAAGGGCGCUAUCCAUCCCGGAAAUCUACAGCCGGAUGACGAGGAGCUGAAAAGCAUUUGCGCUCGGUUUGGCUACCGCUGGAGUCGUGGCGCAGAGGUGGAAGCUGAAGGCGGCGAGAAAGAGGCUGCAGCUGAGGCGAAUGGCGCUACGCAGACUCGUGGGAGCCAAGGCGCCGAUGUACAAGGUGAACCCGCGCCGAGCAGGCUAUACCUAAUGAUGCUCGCCGACUCGCUCUUACCACUUCCACGCAACCAAAUGUCGGGCGUCGUAUCUCCUGCACUGCUUGCAACGACUGGAAUCGUGCCGCUGUCUAUCUUCAGCACGGGUCCGGAUAUCAUCGGGCACUACUACGACUGCAUCGUCGCGGCCAAGCGCGAAGUGAUCAUCAUGACGAACUAUUGGCAGGGUGGCAAGAACGUCAAUACGAUCGCUGACGCUCUAUGUGAGCUCAGCCGCCGCGAGGCGCUGCGAAAGCAAAAGGGCAUAAGUAAGACCACUCGGGAAUUCGGGCAUCAGAUCGUUGUGAAAGUCAUGUGGGAUCGCGGACCGCGCACACUAGCCGACUUGUUCCGGCUACGUAAGGCGGUUCCUCCAAACAUGUGGCGCGAGAAUGGAUUGCCGACGCCGCAGGAAAUUCCGCAUCUGCACAUGGAGAUCCUCAACUACCAUCGGCCGCUUAUGGGCACGUUCCACGCGAAGCUGCUGCUCGUCGACCGCCGCGUCGCGCUCGUCAACAGCAACAAUAUCCAAGACCGCCCGAACCUUGAGGCGUGUGUCCGCCUCGAGGGUGACAUCGUCAAUAGCAUCUACGACCACGCGCUCAUCAGCUGGGGCAACACCAUGCUCCCGCCGUUGCCAUGCCUCACGGAGCCCGCGACAGCCGCGCCGAGCAGCAUGGCGUUCGCCGUCACUGAUGCCAGUGCUGUAGGCAACGCGGCCGACGUGAGCAGGAAGGGCGCGGGUGCCGGUGUCGAUGCGCCCCCCGAAGAGGUACAGGACGUCGGCGGGACGUUCUCGGUCGCUGCACAAUGCACGAACCUCCAGCAGGGAGCGUCUGCAUUGCAGGUGUUUCCGCCCCCUAUCGUCGCGCCAGCCAGCUCGAUCCACCACCUGCAGCCGCAUGGCAGCAGCCAGCGGCAAGAUGGUGUGGAAGGUAACAGCAGUGGCGGCCAGAAUGACGCCCUGCGCGAGUCGGUGAAUGAUUUGGAUGAGGGGAUCGAGAGGAUCUUGGCGCAUCUGUCCGCGAGCAAAGCGGCGCUGCGCGAGCGUGCGCGUGACGCACGGCAGCGCCUCAAGAAGGACGACGAGGAGGCCGAGGACGAGAAGGAGCGGUUGUACGGGCGCCGGCAGUCGCUUGGCGAUGUCGUCGACAGCGUCAUGAUGCGCAGGCGCAGCGGCGUCGCGGACGGCGAAGGCAAGGAGGCACACCAGCCUCAAUCACAGCAGUCUUAUCCGCAACAACAGCAGCAGGCUCACGCCGAUGCCGUUGCCGACCAUGGCGAUCAACAGGAGUCAGCAGCGGUACCCCUGCCCGCAGAAGUGCAAGGCCUAGCUCAUUCAAAGGAUGGCUCGAGCAGGGAGAACGCAGAACAUUUGGACGAGCAUCAGCACCAGACCGCUCGCAGGGCUGGAGCACUCUGGGCGCAAAAAGUGCUUGGCGAGCGGUUCAAGGGCUUUGAGGGCCUCAACCUUUCAAGUCUGUCGCAACCACGUUCUCCUUUUGGCUCUUUCUCCUUCGGCCACUGGCAUCAGGCGCAGCAGGUACACUCGAAUGCGCAAGGGCACGGGUCGGCGGACGCGCCGCUGAGCCCAACUUCGCGUCGCCACUUUGCCGAUAUAGUCGAAGCGCUCAUGAACAAGGAGGGCAUACGACCGCCUGGCUGGGCUGAAGGUGCACUGGAAGUGUUCGGCCUCGGUGAGAGUUCCAGCAGGAAUGUCGCAUUUGAGGCACGCAAGGCCAGAAGGGAAGCAGCCCAGGCCAAGAUCAAGGCUCUCAAUAUUCCCACUAGUGUCGUCGAAGAGGAUGGCGGCGCCCUGAUUCCAGCAACUACACAGCAGCAUACCCCCACGUCAUCUACGUCAGAUGGCGAGACGACCGUCAAUGUCUGUCCUGCGCAGGCAAAAGUGGAGAAUGGACAUGCUCUCGGCAUCUCACAGCCGAGUACAUCGCAACUUAGUCUCAAAGCGUUACCACAAGGUGCUGAGAGCAGCAGCGCGCGCUCUCAGCUCGGUAUUGACGUUCUGCGUCCUGGCCUGCAGCGAGGCGACACGAACGCCUCGCGCAACGACAGCAGCUGUGGCAUCCAGCAAGACGACUCGGGCGCUUCAGAUCUUGAACAUGAUGUGCAGGAGCACGCGCCCGGCACUACAAGCUAUCGUAGAGUGCAUCAACGCACACUGUCGACGACGUCGAAGCAGAGCGCUGCUGAGCGACUGAACAAGAUCACCGCUUCGCUGGACUUUGCGAACAAUUCCAAGGUCAAGGGGGAGAUCACUGCCGCCGCGCUCGAGGCGCUGCAGCAAGCUGGGAAGGACCGCAAUGUAAGGCCCGCAUCUCUCCUGUCAGCCCUUGCGAAUGGCGGAGAAGACGGAGACGAUCUGCUCGGUUUUGCGCCGUACAUCUUCCAUAAGCCUCAUGCCCCGGUACCGAUCGCGAUGGUCAACCGUCGACCGCAUGGCACGCCGGGCCACUCGGACAUCCGCAAUCCUCAGGACGCAGCUUGGCUUGCGGGCUUCCGGUACGCACAGAAGCACGUGUUUAUUCAAAGCCCGACGCUCAACGCAUCGCCGAUCAAGGCGGCCGUGCUGGCAUGCGUUAAAAGGCACGUGCGUGUCGAGCUUUGGCUCGAUCUUGGAUUCAACGAUAAGAGCGAGAGCAUGCCUUUCCAGGGCGGCACGAACGAGCAGGUUGUCACUGCGCUCUACAGACAACUGCGCAAGGAGGGGAAGGGAAACGAAAAGUUCCUAGAAGUAUAUUGGUACACUGGCAAGGACAUGACGCGGCCGCUGAAUGCAGUGCGGAAGCAGCGCAAUUGUCAUGUCAAAUUUGCUGCUUACGACGGGCAGGUCGGCAUCAUCGGUUCCGGGAACCAGGACACCCAGUCGUGGUUCCACAGUCAGGAAUGCAACGUCAUGGUAGACUCUGCUCAGAUCGUCUCAGAAUGGAUGGACGCACUGCGGAGAUGCCAGAGCACACACAUUUACGGUAAAGUGGACCAAAGGGAUGGCAUCUGGAGAGGGGCGACGGGAAGGGAGGUCGCAGAUACCGGCAAGGAGAGCUAAGGCGAUGCUUCUCCCAACAUUCGUUGCUUAAUCACUACGUUCUCAUCGCAUCAUGCAAACAACCCGUACAAUCCUUUUUACUCGCUGCCAUGCUCGCAUCAUUUUCACUUAUUUCGCAAUACAUCCAUCACCCUUUCUCCUGGUCC